AUGGCGAUUGCCCACGUCGCCACCGAGUACGUUUUCUCGGACUUUUUGUUGAAGGACCCCACGGAGACGAAGUACAAAGGGGUGCGUCUGGAGCUGGCGGUGGACAAAAUAGUCACGUUUGUAGCGGUGGGGUUGCCUUUGUUUCUCAUCUCACUCGCUUUCGCUCAAGAGGUGUCUGUUGGUGAGUUAAUGAUAUGCGACUUGAUCAUCCGAUUUAACAUUUGUAGUCAGGGAAAUGUUUUCAUAUAGUGUGUUUGUGUAUUUACUUCUGCUGAACACUUGGUUCAAAUUGUGAAAGCAAUGUGAAAAUAUUAAAAAUAUGGGUGGAGAUAUCCUUUUUGAUGGAUGCUCUGAAGAAGCGUGUGAAUGUCGAAGAAGGUGUGGUUUAAGUCUCCACCCUGCUGGUUUACUAAUGCUCUGCAAUGAUGCACUUAAACUGAUGACUGGGAUGGUUGUGGAUAUUAUGGUCUGACUCUAAGAGCAUAAAAGCCUCAUAUAGGCUGCAUACACUCUCCUCCUGCUGCCUCCCGAGCUGCUGUCAAAUAUCACUUAAGUUGCCCACACAUCUGAAAUCAAGUUACUGUGGAGUAACAAGGAAUGGACAGAUAAGCAGAGAAGACAUGUGGUUUAUCUGUAGUGUUAAACAAGAUACUGUAUCUGCAGCAGCAUAAUCUUCUUAGGAUAUAACACCAACAGUCUGUUGUUGUUGUUGUCAGCAUUAUCUGCACUGAGAGACCCCAGACAGUUCCUUGACUGCAAACCUGGAGAGAAUUUUAAUUGUAAUGCUAAUCCAGUAUAUUUUGUGGGUAACGAUCAUAUGGUCAUAACACAACAAUCAGUCAGUCAGAGCAGGAGAUGUAGAAGCAGGGAUGUACAAGAAGCUCAAUUCUUAUCAACAUUCACAAGGCUGUUGCUUCAUGAUGUACUUACUCUGUGUAAGUUUAUUUUACAAUCUAAUUAUACUUUUGAUUUAAGAGAAACAGGGCAAACUGUUCACCAUCGAGGAUUACAAUGCUUCGAUACAGUGCUCACAAUUCUGAAGUAUGGCAGCGUCUGUGCAGCCUUCUGCCUAUUUAGGUCACUUCUGAGUUGUCCAUGCCUAAUUGAACUUUCCAUUGUACACCCACCAUAUAGGGGAAGGCAUCAUUAGUACACAAAGUAGAUGAGCAGGAGGGUUUGUAACACAUAAUUAGGACAUAGCUGCAGAAAAGAAGGGGUGACAGCUUUUGAAGUGCAUGUUUCUUUUUCGUGAAUUCAUCAUAUCGCCUGUCCUCUUUGACGAAUUCUUUGAUUUCAUUCAGGUACUCAGAUCAGCUGCUUUGCUCCCCCUACAUUCUCGUUGAGACAGGCUUCAUACAUGGACUCAUUCUGCUGGGCAGCAGUACAGCAACAGACGGACAGCUCGCCACUAUGGCUGCACAAAGUAAGGGCACCCCUCACCACAUCUACUUCUGAGUAGUACUGCUGACAGUGUUUUAGGAUGCCUUUAUCAGGUUUUAUACGACUGAAUCAAUUUGCUUUAAUCAAUAAAUGACUAUCAGUGACAAUUCUGAUAUUUCAUAUUUCUUUUUUAUUUAGAGACAAUGAAUUCCAUGUCACUGUUCAAAAUCAAGUCCUCCUUUACUGUUAGGGUGAUUUUCUUUAGCCAGUCAUGUCAGCCUUUAGAGUGGUGGAGCUGUGUCACUCAAAUACCGUGGAUACUUUGGUGCUAGAUUUCUGGAGCCCUGGGCCUCUGACGACUAUCCUCAACAAGGACCUUGUACCCAUGUUUAACAUCACUCAGGCUCCCAAAAUAUGUUGUGCAACAAGAUGCAAGCAGAAUGUGUGGAAACGUGGAUGACUAUAUAUACCUGAACAGUCUCAGACCAAUCUUCGUUACACUUGUGGCAUAAUGAAGCUUUAACCCAGAUCUGCAACCAGUAAAGCUUGUCAAAAUGAUCAUUUGUGUGGACCCUCCAUUCUUUAAAGUGUGAACAUGGGCUAGGCAUCCUCACAUUUACUCACACAACUUCUUCUUCUCUGUUUUCUCACUCUCUGUUAUUCCCUCAGUUCUUCCCAUACAUUCUGCUCUUACUGGCCAUCCUCUUGUAUAUCCCGGCCUUGUUCUGGCGUUUCACUGCAGCUCCACACCUUUCUUCUGACCUCAACUUCAUUAUGGAGGAGCUGGACCGCUUUUACAAUCGUGCUAUCAAGCUGGCUAAGAAUCUCGUAUCCAUAGAUGGCAGAGAUACACCCGAGGACACCAAGAGGUAAAUAUUCUUUUCGUACAAGAGUCCAUAUCUGCUGUGUCACAAGCACUUGUUAAAAGAUAUGAUAUUUGUUUUAAAGAAAUGUUUCAUUGCUAUGUUAAAAAUGUUGGUUUACAGGUGUUGUAAGGAAUCACAUAUUUUAUAGUGUUUGCUAUAAUAACUAGAAUUAGUACUUUAGUUAUAUACAUUUCUAUAGUUUAAAUAUUCUGUCACAUAUUCGAAGUUGAAUGAAUCUUAAAGUUUAGUGUGUGGUUAACAUGCAUGGAAAAGACAAUGCUCAUUUAACCUUGUUUUUGCACAAAUGCAGGAAUAUAAAACACAAAAUGAUGCUGAUAUUAAUUUUAACUAGAACCCUAUCUAUCACUGACCAUCUACAUGACUUACCAAUUGACCCAUUUAUCAUAUAAAGGUAUUUGUUAAGAAAACUUAACAUAGACAGAUUUGAUAGAUUGGACUGAAAACAACACAAACAAAAAUAUUUUAAACUUUUAAGAAAAAAAAAGUGUCAUGUCAUAUUUCCAUCAGAUUUUCCUGUUAUUGCGUGGAACUGUACUUCUUGCUGAAUUCUUAAGUUAAAUAGUAUAUCUUAGAUUGUUUGUCAUUAUUUGAUUCAGUCAUGUGUGUCCUUGUUUUGCAGUGCUUUGGACCUUACAGAGGCGUGUUUCAAAUACCCUUUGGUGGAGCAGUAUCUCAAGACCAAACGUUUCUCUCACUGCCUUGUGGUCAAGUAUCUUUUAUGUCGGGGUUUGACAUUACUGAUUCUCCUGUUGGCCUGCGUUUACCUUGGCUACUACAUCCGCCUGGCUUCUUUCACCGAUGAGUUUGCAUGUGACCUGCGUACGGGGAUGCUGAAGAACGACAGCGUGGUGCCGCCUGCUGUGCAGUGCAAGCUUGUGGCAGUGGGUGUCUUCAGGCUGCUCAGCUACAUCAACCUGGGGGUGUAUGUGCUUCUUGUUCCAGUGGUGGUGUACGCUGCUCUCGGACCAGCUCACCAGAGCUCUGUUUUUCUCCGGCCUUAUGAUUUACUGCCAGGCUUUGGCACUUUAGGUGUUGUUACACCCGUCUACAACGACCUCAGCAUCUAUCUGCUGUUCCUGCGGGAGAAUCUCAGUGAACUCAAGUCAUACAAGUGUCUUCAGGUAAGUCACAGCACAGAUCAUGUGUCCAGUAUGUUAUUUCAGAAGUGUCACUUAGUUGACUGUGGUGUUAUGUCUUUUUUUUUUUACAGGUGCUUGAGUUGUUGCAAGAGGCUGGUGGGGAAGGGUUCGACACCAUGUGCCUUCUGAGAACUCUGGGUCAGGUGAAGACCGAUGUGUUAGACAGUAAGAAGAUAUGCCUGCUCAGGAACAACAAAGAAAAUUCUACAUGUGAGGCAUAA